AGUCAUGAUCUGGUUUUGAAGAGUCAAGCAUUUGUUGUUCUGCAGAGAGCUACAGAGUACUUGGACGUGACUAACUUCAUAGAGGGUGUGCAGUAGUACUGGUUGAUUUCAGGAACAAUGGCAGUCUGGCCUCUUUGUCUGUCUUUCUUUCUGCUCUUUGCUCUGGAUGCUUCAGAGGCAACACCUCUUAAUGGCACAAGCAAUGAGGCAACACCUCUUAAUGGCACAAGCAAUGAGACAGCACCUCUUAAUUGCAGAAGCAAUGGGACCUGUACCCUGGUCAGACAAGAAACCUGUGAAAGUGGAUGGUCUGCAUAUAAAGGUAGAUGCUUCCGCUUUUUUAACUUUCCGCGUUCCUGGAUUGAUGCAGAGAAACAGUGUUUGGGCUACGAUGGGAACCUGGCCUCUGUACACAGUUAUGAGGAGUACAUCUUCGUACAGAUCAUGAUUAAAUAUCAAACUCAAGAGACAACUGAGUCCUGGAUAGGAGGCUAUGACGCUGUUUCAGAGGGAACAUGGCUCUGGAGUGAUGGAUCAAAACUGGACCAAGAGAUAUGGGCUCCUUCACAACCUGACAAUAGCAAUAGAAACGAGCACUGUCUUAUGAUGAACUAUCAACCCUCGAGUAACUGGAAUGACAACCCCUGUCACAUUAAAAAGCCUUAUGUGUGUGUGAAGAAAUACACACCAGCAUUUAAGUUUCAUGUAAAAUUGUGAAUGUCUUAUUGUCUUGCAUUAAAGGAAUAGUUGACCAAAAAAUGACAAUUUUAAAACAUCGCUUACCCUCAGUCGAUCCAAGAUAAAGAUUAGUUCUUCAUCAGAACAGAUCUGAAGAAAUAUAACUUUACAUCAUUUGCUUAUUGAUGGAGAUCCUCUGCAGUGAA